CUUUACUCCACUGCGCUUCUCUCCGACGUCGAAAUCGAAAUCGCAAUGGCGUCAGGCCGCUACUGACCAAGUGCUGCGCUAUGAAGCAUCCUCGUGCCUGAGUCGCCGCAAGGGCGUGCAGGAAAGCGAUGAGACUACCGGUCUCGCAAGACGAUAUUCGCUGAUCGGCGCUUUUCUCGCCGUAUAUGAAGGGCUUAGAAUGGAUUGUUCUUUCAUGCUCUCCCCUCCCUCAUCCUCAACAACAUGCGUGCCUCAACCACCGGACUGUUGGCUGCGGUCACGGCCGCCUUCAUGGCUGCUUCGGCCGCGGCGCUGCCUCAGCACCAUCUGACUGCCCGAGCGGGCACUGCCUCAUCGUCGAGCAGUGCUGCCUCAGCCACGUCGACCGCUUCUUCGGACAACGUUGGUACGACCAGCCUCGACGGCAAGGAGUUUGUGAAUCAUGGGCUCGUUGCCUUUGGCCGCAUCUCAGCCGCUGACGUCGACUCCUUCGGCGAGUCAAUCGGCGGCGUUGGCUCAGCCAUCGCCCUCGAGUCAUUCUCAAAGAAGGCAGACGGCUCCUUCUCUGGCUCAAUCCGCCUGCAACCUGAUCGUGGCCACAAUCAGGGAGGCGCGGCCACGAGCGACUACCGGGCUCGCUCGCACCUCUACGAUCUGGCCUUCACGCCACUCGACAAGGCAGCCAAGACGCCUGCGAGCGAGAACUUCAAGCUGACCUAUCGCAACACGCUCCUCUACAAGCAAGGCUCCAACUUUACCACUGGUCUCGACCCGGACCAGGUCAGGCAGGGUCAGCCUCCGUUGCCAGUGGCCAGCUACGAUAAUCAUGUCACAUUCGAUACCGAAGGUCUCGUUGACGUUGGCCCCGUACUUAUUGUGAGCGACGAGUACGGCCCCUACAUUUACGCCAUCGAAAAGGCCAGCGGCCGCGUCUUUGCGACUUUGGCCCCUCCCGCAGCAAUCGUUCCUAUGAGGGACGGCAAGACAAACUUCACUGCCCUCUCCAACCCCACGACGGGGCGUACGGCCAACCAAGGCUUCGAAGGCCUCACGCUCGACCGUAGCAACGGGAUGCUCUGGGCCCUCCUCCAGUCAGCCACGAUUCAGGAUGGGGGCUCAAGCAAGACGACGAACCGCUACUCUCGCCUGUUGGGCUGGGCUUACGAUCCGACCAAGCCCUUCAACCUUCAGCCCACCCUCAAGGAAGAGUACGUCGUCCAGCUCCCUGCCUCUGGGAAGGGCAACACCCGAGCCAGCUCCGAGCUGCACAUUGUUGGGGACGGAGUCUUCCUUGUCCUCGCCCGCGACGGCAAUGGGUUUGGAGACAACACAGCUCAGACGACGUACAAGCAGGCGGCUCUGGUCUCUACCAAGGAAGACAAUCCCACGAACAUCGCAGGAACAAAGUACGACCAGCCCCAGAACCCAGUCAGCCCUGGAGGGAACCUCGUUGCGGGCAUCACGCCGGCGGUCGUGCACGACUUCGUCGAUCUGAGGGCUACGGACCAACUUUCCAAGUUCGGUCUACGCAACGAUGGGGCUUUUGAUCAGAAUCUCAUCGCGAGCAAGCUCGAGUCCCUCGCCCUCGCCUCGGUCGGGGACAAGCAGAGCCCGGAUGACUACUUCUUGUUUGUGGUGAGCGACAAUGACUUUGUCACGCUUGACGGAAAGCAGGCUGGACAGAUCAACGGAACUGGUGCCUACGUGCUGGCCUCGUACCAGGACCCGUACGCCCAGCAGCAUGGGUCUGGGGACACGCAGGCCUUUGUCUACCGCGUGACCUUGCCUGGGUACCGGCAGCCAGCUUUCCUUGGCCCAAACUAAGGAUCGUGCCGCAAUCUUAGCGCAACCUCCCAUGCUACUUAUCGCCUCGCAAUACAGUACCAUUGCUCCAAGCCGUGACGGCCUACAGCGUUGCGUGUGAAGCCAUUGCAGUUGAGAUAUUACUGAGACAAGUGCAUGACAAGCAGGGUAUCGAGCGAGCAAUGUAUCGAAGUAAUCCGCCUCGUCUAUAAAUCUCCAG